AUGCCAUCGCCGCCACGAGCUGAGCAAGAUACCGAUAGGACAGGGAACAAGCGGAAAAGAGACGAUCAACCACCUGACUCUUCUGCGAAACGAUCUGCUCCCCGGGCCUGUCUUGAAGGCGUAUUACAGGACGAUGAUGGGCAGGAAGACAGCGCCGAUAACUCUGCCGCCGCGCCCAUUCAGCUACCUCUAGCGCCACCUAGCAACUAUCCGCAGACCUUGCCACAAUAUAUUCGGCCUCUUCCCUCGCACCUAAAGCCCAUCGAUAUCGAGUACCUCACAGGCAAAGGCUGCCUGAGGAUCCCUGACGAUGAGCUCCAAUGCGAGUUAUUCCGACUCCAUAUACUAUACGUGCAUCCUUUCAUGCCAGUAGUCGACCUACCGGACUUCCUGUUAUCCGUUGCUCGGCGGGAUGGCAGCUCGCAAGUUAGCCUCCUUUUGUUCCAGGCUAUUAUGUUUGCCGCCGUUGUCUACAUCGACCCCGACUACUGUACUGAAAGGGGAUAUGAGAAUCGCAAGGCAAUGCGGAAAGAAUUUUUUGAGAAAGUUCGCCUUCUUUACCAUCUCGAUGCAGAACCCGAUCGUAUUGCUCGUCUACAAGCGCUUCUUCUGAUGACAUACUGGUAUGAGAGGGCCGAUGACGAAAAGGACACAUGGCACUGGACGGGGAUAGCGCUGUCGCAAAUCCAUAUCAUGGGGAUACAUCGGAGCCCUGAACAGCUUGAUAUCAGCAUCAAAGCGAAACGUGGACGGAAAAGGAUCUGGUGGUCCUGUUACGUACGAGAUCGGCUUCUAGCAUUGGGAAUUCGAAGGCCGGCUCGGAUAAGGCCCGACACGUUUAACGUUCCCAACUUAACAGUAGAGGACUUAGAGAUGGGCCCCUUCAAUGAUGCUGUUACAAGCUUUCUUGGGAAUACACAGAUAACAGACUCUGCAACUCAGAAGGGGCUUAUGCUUUGCUUUGUUGAGUUGACAAAACUCUGUGUGCACAUCGGAGAUAUUCUGUUUAGCCAAUAUUCUGUCUUGAGCAAUGAUAUCUCAAAAGCCGAUGAAAAGAUCACAAUGAUGGUCAUACCAAAGAAGUCUGCCCAGCAGAUGCAAGACAUGGACAAGUGCGACCUCAAGUUGCGUGGCUGGAUACAGAAUCUGGAAUCACCUUGUCGUUAUAAGGCGGACCAAUACCAACAGAGACCGGAAAUUCUUCAAAGUCGCUCGGCUUUGUAUCUACAUCAGGCUCUGUUGUACAUGAUAUACCUCACUUCAACAGCCAUCCUUCAUCGACCCCAGGCACAACGGUCAGGCGACAGCUCAGAGGAUAAUAUAAACACGAAGAGAUCUGCUGACAAGAUUGCUGACGCUGCUGGAGGAAUCACACAGGUUGCGUAUGACUUGCAUCAACGAGACCAACUACGCUUCGCGUCUACCUCGGCCAUUCCCGCACUUCUAUCUGCCAUUCUCAUACAUCUCAACGACAUUGGCUCAUCUCGACACGAAGCCCGCUAUGCCUCCAUCGGGCAGUUUUAUCAGUGCUGGCAGGCUAUUCAGUAUCUCAGGGAUAUGUACGCUUCUGCAGACCAUGUCAUAUGGUUUCUCGAAGCUGUUAUCCAGAGAACUCACGUCAACAUCCCCAUGUUGAACCUCACUUCUACAAGUAAUUUGACAUCAGGGCAACUUGUGCAAAAAAAGCAGCAGGCCAGGAAAGGAAAUGCAGUGGUUGAAAAGGGCAGUCAGAUUCCUGAAGCCGGUGGUCGAAUGGCGUUGAAUGCGUCAAACUCGCUGAUCACACCUGAGACAAUUGGAACUCUGCCUAUCAGUACACACUCCGAUGGCGCAACAGGGGGAGAAAGCUCGACAGGGCUACAGAUGGAUGGCGGCAGUAUUGAAACUCAAUUCUUCAUUGAUCCUCUCAAUGAUCCAUGGACUGACUUUGACGCCGAGGCAAACCUUUUGCAAGCCUUGGUUCACUUUGACGCCGAUCCAAACUUUUUCCCUGUGACCAAUAUCGGGCCGCAGGAGAGAGAGAUAUUGCCCUUACAAAUGCCCACCUGA